CCGAGAUUCUCGGUCACUGUUUGGUAGGAACUCCUGAGAUCGAGUUGUAAUAUUAUGGCAUUGUUAGUUUCGUUCUUCGUAGAUCUUUUGAUCGCGUUAAUCACUUUGGGAGUACUGCUUGCUUUGUAUAUGAAGCAAUGUCAUACUUAUUGGCAAAGACGCGGUGUUCCUACACUACCUGGUCACUGGCUUUUCGGCAAUAUAAAAGACGUGGUCAUGCAGAAGAACUCUGCGGGGAUGGUGAUCGGCGAGCUGCACAAUCAGGCUUCGGAGGACGACGAUGUUCUCGGGAUUUAUAUUUUACACAAGCCGUACUUGUUGAUUAGGAGCCCGGAGCUGAUCAAACAGAUUUUGGUGAAAGACUUCAAUAACUUCCCGGACCGUUUCUUCACGGCUCGAUCGUUUCGGGACAAAAUCGGUAGCUCGAAUCUCUUCACGAUUCAAAAUCCAGAAUGGAGAUAUUUAAGAACGAAAAUAACACCGGUGUUCACGAGCGGAAAGAUGAAGAGGGUUUGCGAAUUGAUCGCUGAGACCUCCGAUUGUAUGAGCAAAUAUUUGGAAGCCGAAUUCUCGCAUGGCACGAAAACGAAAGUACUUCCAAUGAAAGAGAUCGCUAUGAAAUAUACGACCGAUAUCAUAUCUUCCGUGGCCUUUGGAAUCAAAGUGAAUUCGUUCGACUCUGACAAAACAAAAUUCUACGAUCAAGCACAAGAGGGAGUCCGGCUUACAUUGUACCGCAGCAUUCGACUGACUAUUAUGUUCUUCUUCCCAAAAAUCGCACCUUAUUUGGGUGGCCAGUUUCUGGGCUCGUCUACGAAUUACUUCCGUCAAGUAUUUUGGGACUCCUUUCAUAGCAGAGAGAAGUCUAAUAUCAAACGUGGAGAUUUGAUCGAUUCUCUGAUAGAUUUGAAAUCGGGGGAACAAGAGAAGCAACUCAAGUUCGAGGGAGAUGUACUGGUAAGUCAAGCGGCGAUCUUCUUCGUUGCCGGUCGCGAAUCGAGCGUGACGACGAUUUCCAUGUCGUUGUACGAGCUCGCCAAGAAUCCAACGAUUCAGAAACGAGCUCGAGAAGAAAUUCGCGAGAAAUUGGCACAGCAUGGAAUGACUUACGAAGGCAUACAGAGCAUGAAGUAUCUUCAACAAAUCAUGUCCGAAACCCUAAGGCUCUAUCCUCCAGCCCCGCUCCUCGAUCGAGUCGCGGUUAACGAUUAUAAGAUACCGGGGACAGAUAUAGUCAUAGAAAAAGGGACACCUAUAUACGUGGCUUUGUGCGGCAUUCACCGUGACCCGAGAUACUUCCCGGAUCCUUUGCGUUACGAUCCUGAUAGAUUCAGCGAUGAAAAUAAAGAUAACAUCAAGGCAUGCACGUACAUGCCUUUCGGUGAAGGGCCGAGAAUUUGUAUCGGAGCGCGACUCGGUACUUUGCAAUCGGCUAUGGGUAUAAUACCGGUACUGAAAGAUUACGAGGUCUCGUUGGAUCCAACGUAUAAAGGGAGAUAUGUCGACGGUCGUAAUAUCUUCAUAGUACCAGAGGAAGGAUUCAGAUUAAAGUUAACGAAACUAUAAAUCAUGUUUCAAAAACAUAUUUAUAUUCGAGAUACCCGAACUUUAAACUGAGAAAAUAUAUGACAGUGUAUUCAUUUCUAUGUACAAAUAAUAAAAUUAUACAAUGAGUUUCUUAUUCAA